AUGGGCACCGUUGUACGCUGUGUUGUGCUCUUGCUACUGCUGUGCCGGCUGGUUCAAGGUCAGCGGCUAUCGGAAACAAAAUGUUCCGAGUAUCGCAAGCAAACCAUUUCGCUUGCAUCGAUAAUUCCACUUACACUUAAUCCGAAGCCCAUCACUUACCAAAGUUUCAAGUGCAGCAAAACUGUCGAUCUGAUAGUGGGCGGUGAAUUGGCGAAACCAGCUGAGUUUCCCCAUCAAGCCUUGCUUGGUUGGCCUCAUGUCGAUGAUCCGGAACAGUAUGACUUCCGUUGUGGAGGAUCGUUGAUCUCUGAACAGUACGUACUGACGGCGGCACACUGUUUCAAAUCUGGCGACCCAGUCGUUGUCCGCUUAGCGGAGUACAAUCUUAAAAAUGAAUACGACAACCAGCUUGAUAUUGAGGUGUCUUCGAUUCAUCGGCACCCGGAGUAUAUCUUUCGCAGUGUUUACCAUGAUAUUGCUUUGGUUAAACUACGGGAACCGGUUCGGUUUACCAAGGUUAUACGGCCGGCCUGUCUUUGGACUGGUCAUGCCGUCAAUGUUUCCUCCGUGAUUGCAACCGGUUUUGGACUAACUGGGAUCGGUGAACAAAAAGCGGAGGUACUUCGCAAGGUGAUGCUGGACUUUCUCGACACGCAGGAAUGUGCGGACCAAUAUGCCGGCGCCAAAGGCUUCCAUCGAGGUAUAAUCGAUGAACAGCUGUGCGUUGGAAGUAAACGCGGUGGCAAGGAUACCUGUCAGGGUGACUCCGGAGGACCGAUACAGGUGAUUACGGAACCGAAGGGAUGCACGUACCAUGUGAUUGGGAUCACUUCUACGGGGUCGGCAUGCGGAGUUGGUAGAUCGCCGUCCAUCUACACCCGGGUGGCGAGCUAUCUGGAUUGGAUCGAAGGAAUUGUGUGGCAGUGA